AUGGACGCGAGCAUAGCGCGGAUAAUGAACUUGAGUCCUCCCGGGGCGUUUUGGAGCCAGGUCGUGGAGUUAACGUCCAAGUACAACGUGGUGAGCUCGCCAAAAAUUCUCGCAAAUCUACACUCGGUGCUUUACGUGGCUUUGGGCUACCACUUCGUGUUUUUGGUAAGCAAAUGGGUGCUGUUCCCGCCGCUAGUGCGGUGGCGACUUGCAAAUAGCAAGGGCAACUCGCACCGCGGCCGACGCGAGCUGGUCAACCAAUCGGCGUUGCACUUUGUGAGUCUGGUGCAGAGCUUCGUGAUUCUAUACGUGAGCUUGAAGUACUACGAAACACACGGUCGCAACACGACGCACGACACACCCCAGAUUCGGGUUUUUCACCAUGAGAUGGAAACAGACGUUAUCUGCGUGUUCGCGAUCGGGUACUUCGUGUGGGAUGCGAUGAUCUCGGUAUUUUACUCGUCGGUGCCCUUUGUGCUGCACGGCGUUGUUUCGGCAGCGGUGUUCGCGAUCGGCCUGAAGCCUUACAUCCAGUUUUACGCACCUGCGUUUUUGAUGUUCGAGCUGUCGAACCCUUUUUUGAACAUCCGGUGGUUUGGCAUUAAGUUCAUGCCACAACUGUCAGAGAUCAAUCAGACCUUUACGGCGCAUGUUCUAAACUACGUGCAGCUGAUCAAUAACGUGGUAUUGAUCGCUGUAUUCUUUGGAGCGCGUAUUAUGUGGGGAUGGUACCAGAUUUUCCAGCUGUGUUACGAUUUCUGGCAAGUGCGCCACGACCCGCGGUUUCUGGUCUCGGAAACGCUGAUCAUCGUGUCGGGCAAUCUCGUGCUGGACGUGUUGAAUUUGGUGUGGUUUUGGAAGAUGCUGAGCGUUGCAAAACGUAUUAUCAGCAAACGUGGCCGAGUGCAAGACAAACCUGCGACCGAUGCUCAUUGA